CCGUGACAAUAUUAUCUAAAAAUGUAGCUCUGUCAUGGAAAAAGGUUAGUGGUUUAGGGCGAAACGUGGUUUAUAUUUUACCGGCUGCAAUGAUUUAUUUUCUUUACCAAGAGAGGUAGGCUAGAAAAAGACAAGGAAGACUUGUUCCCUCACAGCACACCUACACACAUACCUGAGUCGGCUGUAAUGGAGUCUGCCAUCGGUGUGCUGGUGUCCCAGUUCAAGACGUACUCUAGCAGCGAUGGUUCUUCUGAGACGCUGAGCAGAGAGGAGUUUCGCAGACUUGUCACAUCAGAGCUCCCUAACUUUGUCAAGAACGCAGGGGACCCUGCUGUCACUGACCAACUUAUGAGCUCAUUGGACAAGAACAAUGAUGGAGAGCUCAACUUCCUGGAGUUCUGGCAGCUGAUUGGGCAUCUCGCAAGCAAGCAUGGCGGGUUCAGCCAAUAGAGCGUCCUCGGAUGAGCAGUAGCUGUCUGUGUGUCAUGGAGUUAAAUAAUAAUAAUAAAAAAAAGUUAAUCAUCCAAAUGGAAAACACCCUGAAGUUUGUUUCUGCUGCGGAAUGCUGCCUCGUUUCACCCUCUCUCUUACAAACAGAUGCCAAUCAGAGUCGCGGAGUACUGUUGGACAGUAAUAGCACUAUUCGAACCAGUCUUAGCCCUGACCCAGCGCGCGCACACACACACACACACACACACGCACACUAUUCCUUGCGGUUUUGGGCCAACAGUGCAGUGAAGCUGCAGUGUGAGAAUGCAUUGUCUGAAAACUGGGAAUAAGUGUGAGUAAGCAUUCCUGGAAGUCAUCCUGCCCCUCCAGGACACAAACAGAGGUGUGGUCUCAGCAGAUCAUGAGUUGGAGUUUCAGACUGAAAAAUAAAAAGCUUAAUGAAUUGUAA